UUCGGAAAGGGGCGAACGGGCUGCAGCACCGGCGGGUCGGCCCAGGUGGACAGCCGCGGCGCCGGUGGGGUUCCUGGGGGGGAGCACGUCGCCUCUUUCCAAAGCCGCAGGGCCACCACCAGCGUGUGAGCCUUGGAUCCCUCAACGUAUUGCGAGACGCCGGUGUACAGCCCGGACCUGUGCCCCAACAUGAUCGCCGCUCAGGCCAAGCUGGUUUACCAGCUCAAUAAAUACUACACGGAGCGCUGCCAGGCGCGCAAGGCGGCCAUCGCCAAGACCAUCCGGGAGGUGUGCAAGGUGGUCUCGGACGUGCUCAAGGAAGUGGAGGUGCAGGAGCCCCGCUUCAUCAGCUCCCUCAGCGAGAUCGACGCCCGCUACGAGGGGCUGGAGGUCAUCUCGCCCACCGAGUUCGAGGUGGUGCUCUACCUGAACCAGAUGGGCGUCUUCAACUUCGUGGACGACGGCUCGCUGCCCGGCUGCGCGGUGCUCAAGCUGAGCGACGGCCGGAAGCGGAGCAUGUCCCUGUGGGUCGAGUUCAUCACCGCGUCCGGCUACCUCUCCGCGCGCAAGAUCCGCUCGCGUUUCCAGACGCUGGUGGCCCAGGCGGUGGACAAGUGCAGCUACCGGGACGUGGUCAAGAUGAUCGCCGACACCAGCGAGGUGAAGCUGCGCAUCCGGGAGCGCUACGUGGUGCAGAUCACGCCCGCCUUCAAGUGCACGGGGAUCUGGCCCCGCAGCGCGGCGCAGUGGCCCAUGCCCCACAUCCCGUGGCCCGGCCCCAACCGGGUGGCGGAGGUCAAGGCCGAGGGCUUCAACCUGCUCUCCAAGGAGUGCUACUCGCUGACCGGCAAGCAGAGCUCGGCCGAGAGCGACGCCUGGGUGCUGCAGUUCGGCGAGGCGGAGAACCGCCUGCUGAUGGGCGGCUGCCGGAACAAGUGCCUGUCGGUGCUGAAGACGCUGCGGGACCGCCACCUGGAGCUGCCCGGCCAGCCCCUCAACAACUACCACAUGAAGACGCUGCUGCUGUACGAGUGCGAGAAGCACCCGCGGGAGACGGACUGGGACGAGGCCUGCCUGGGCGACCGGCUCAACGGCAUCCUGCUGCAGCUCAUCUCCUGCCUGCAGUGCCGCCGCUGCCCGCACUACUUUCUGCCCAACCUCGACCUCUUCCAGGGCAAGCCCCACUCGGCCCUGGAGAGCGCUGCCAAGCAGACCUGGAGGCUGGCCAGGGAGAUCCUCACCAAUCCCAAGAGCCUGGACAAGCUAUAG